AAUGGGCUUGACCCAUGUUGACAUGUGUCAACGUGAAGUUAGAAACAAAAGGGAAUAAAAUCCCUAGUUUGUUUCAUAUAAGAGCGUGCGCGAGAAGUGCUUCGACGGCGGCUAAAAAGGAGACGAGAUUUUGUUUGCGUUGUUGUUUGUGUGGAAGUGUUUACUAGGUGAUGAUUAUUGGUGUUUCUAGUAUUUACGGGAAGAAUUUCUGUGUACCCAUUAUUGAUUAUUGUUGAGAGUUACUAUGGAUGAAGAAAAGCUUGCAUAUGAAUUAAGUCCGGUACACAUCUACUGGGACCUAGAAAAUACACCAAAGCCAAAUUUUCCGGAUCCACAUAAAGAUAAAAACCAAACUAUAUCUCUCGAUCUCAUAAGUGACAACAUCACUCGAUCUGUGAGAGCUGCUGGAAUGAGAGGAGCCAUAAAUAUUAAUAGUUACGCAGCAAAUACAUCGACUCUUAAGCAAAAAUACAAGGAAAUACCAAAUGUUACUUUCAAGUUAGUAAGUGAAGAUUAUGCACGAGAGGCUGCUGAUUCUGCUUUGACCAAUGAUGUAUUGAACCUCCUUAAAUCGAAUGAAAAUCCAAACAACAUCAUUCUUAUCACAGGUAUUGAAACUGCUUAAAUCGAGAGAAGAGAGAAUACUAUUGAUUAUUAUAAUGAAAAUGUUGCGUUAUCUGAACUGCUUAAAUCUACUAUUGCUUUUUAUAAUAAUUU